GUAACUCCCAGUUUCUUCAACGGUUUUCUUGAAACUAGUAUUGAAUCUUUGCGGCUUUCGGUGGAAAAAGAAGUAAAUGGAAUCAUUGGACGUGAAGAACUGAUCAACCGGCUUAUGGAAAAAAAAAUAUAUCUGGAAAAACUAUUACAGAACGAAUCAUUCGGAAAUCCGAUAGAGCUGUCUUCUGGGAGCUCCAACCGUGGUCACGGCUUAAAUGUCGAGACAAAUUUAUUUGAAGAGCCAACUCAGCAAUUCAAUGGAACCAAGCAACAGGCAAGGCCUGUAUCGUUUGAAGAAAAACAAUCUCAUAUGCCUGCAGAUGUUAUUUCAAUAUUGAAUGUCACAGCUUGUCCACAACUGCCACAAACAGUUAUUUCGCCGAAUUCGUUCCAUGCGAGUUCAUGCUUAGAGGAUACAA